GUUGGUUGUGAAGAUGGAACUGUGAAACUGUUUGAGGUGAAUGAAGACAACAUACAGUUUGAGAGAAAUCUGGACAGGCAAAAAAGCCGCAUCGUCUCUCUGUCUUGGCACCCAUCAGGCUCCAAAAUAGCAGCUGGAAUGAUGGAUAUGGUCCAGGUUUUUAAUGUAGAGACAGGCCACUCUAUGCACAGGAUGCUGGCUGACAGAGGGGUCGGGACAUCCCGCAGUAAGGAGUGUGUGGUGUGGAGUGUGGUCUACCUCUCAGAUGGGACAAUCAUCACUGGUGACUCUGUGGGAAUGGUCAAAUUGUGGGAUGAUCAAACUGGUACACUAAUCAAAAGCCAUAAUGUCACAAAAUGUGAUGUGUUGGCAUUAUCAGUCUCUCAGGUGAGAAGAUUGCUGCGGGUUUGUGAGCAAAUGUUAUAGUUUCA